CCGUUCACACAAGCCAGAAAAGAAACCGAAACUGGGUCAGUGAUUCUGCUGUGGAGCCAUUUAAAUGCGAACAAAACAUUCGACUGUUUAGGGUACUUGAUAAAUGCGUUAUCAGAUUUUAAAUAUGCUAUCGAUGGAAGUAACGUUAUGUGUGAAGAGAAAAUGAGCUAAAGAGAAUGUCAGCUAUUUAGGCUGUUUUUGUUGUUCGGGAAGACACGGCAGCAUUAUCUAACAUGGCGACAGGUAACCACUUUGAGUGGCAGCUGUUCGAUGGAGCGCAGUGGGAUUCUAUCGCUAAUGAUAUUGUCAUUGAGGCUCAUUACUGUCAGCCAGGGGCGAAUGGGAUCACCCUCUACUUCAACAUAGGGGCCGUCAAUAUUGACUUUGACCAAAUGACAGUCAGUGGACCUCUUCGUAACCUUAGUAUACGGCGCAAUACACUGCUGUCCCCUUACCAGAAACAAGAAGUAGGCUGGUACUACAAAGAUAACCAUCGCUGGUGUGAAUAUGGAUCUCAGGGAUUCGGUGGGAGAGCGUCCUCAAUUGGAAGCGAUUUUAUAGAACAGCAGUACAACAGCAACCCAAGCGGCUCAGUCCAGUUCACUGCAGGAAGCAUGACUUACGACGUGGACUUCACUGCCAUGACUCAAACAAAUCUAUCCACAAACAUGUCCAGGAAAGUAAGACGGCGACCAAAAUUCAAUGCAAUUGUAAUGGGCAACAGCAGCAAUCAAAACAGUUCACAAAUUCUGGCAUCUCCCUUGGCAAACCCAACAAACUCUUCUUCUCACUACAUCUGGGAGUUUAUGGGAGAUGAGGGGAUUUGGACUGAGUACCAAAAACCAGGAUGUUCAUUGGAUAGUGCAGAAAUCGAGAGGUUGUAUCAGCUCAACCCUCAGUGCCAAGUUUCAUUCACAUCAAGACGAUUCUCUUACUCUCUUUACUUUGGGGGAAUGUACCAAGUGAACGAUAAAUAUGGUACAAAAAGAGCUGUCCGGAGAAUCCAGCAAACAAACAGCGCAUUGUCACAAGCUCGCUGGCAGUUCAAAGACAUGGAUGGCAAUUGGAAAGAUUUUAAUAAAGGCGGCUCUCGGGGACAUUGCAGUGUGUCAAGUCAAGAUAUUGAAGCCCAGUACCAGCAGGACUCAACAGGGACAAUGAGUUUCAGGACGGGCAGGUUUAACUAUGAGCUGGACUUCUCAGACAUGACCCAGACCAACCAGUCCACUAACACCAGGAGACCUGUACGCCGCCUUCAGCAAUAAGACCUCACUUGCCUAUUCUUACGUUUACGUACUAUACUUGUAGCUAUAUGUGAACUCAGGACUCUUGUUUAUGCAAUGUCUGCUAGAAUAUGUGAUACGAAAUAAUGAAAUUGGAUUUAGUUUGUCAGUGCAGACCUGUAUAUUGUUUUAUUAACUACCACAAAACAACAAGUCUCAUGGUACUCAUGUUCUUGAACUAAUUUCUGUUUUUAUUCUUGAAAGUUUUGUUUUUUCAAUGCCUUUACUGUGAUUAGAAGAUUGCAUGUGUAAUAUCUUAUGAUUGCAUUCAGCUUUCAUGUUUUUUUUGUUUGUUUUUAAAAAAAAUACAACUAAGCAUUAUAAGGAUGAUAUAAGACUAUAAGAUUAUAAAUUGUAUCAUAUUUUUCCUCUUUACUGAAAUGUGCUUAAUUGUCAUGGAAACAAUGUCACAAAUUAAGCUUAAUUUCUUUAUAAAAAUUUAGAUUUUGGGGUGAAACAUGCACUUUUCUAGACAAAUUUCAUGAGAUCCACUUUUGUAAUGUCUGUCUACUUUCUCUUACCACUCAAGUCGUUGGUUUGUUACUGAUAAACAUAUGAUUUAUUGAUAAAAUAAUUACUAUUUAUUCUACUUGGGUUUUUCUGUGUUUCAAUACUCAAGAAAAUAAAACAAAUAAAUUACUUAGAAAGUGUAAAAGGUAUUACCCUUUAAAUAAGCAAUUUA